AUGUCCGCGGGAAGCCCUUCUCGCGGGCGCACCAAACAGGUUCGCGGUGUCGCGUAUGAGCGAGCCAACUCCUGUUUUUACCCCAAUAUUCCCGGGAUUGUACCCGGAAGCGGCCUUGCCCUUGCCUUCGCUUAUUAUCACUACGGCCUAGAGAUCGACCCUAAGCAUGUCCAUCUGCACACCAAUCUGGGAAGUCUCUUGAAGGAUAUCGGUCAUCUUGAUCUAGCUAUCCAAAUGUACGAACAAGCGGUCGCUUGCGAUGGUACAUUUGACAUCGCUCUCACCAAUCUUGCCAAUGCAGUCAAAGAUCGGGGACGGAUUGGCGAUGCUAUCACGUAUUAUAAGCGUGCCGUCAGAUCUAAUCCGGACUUCGCAGAGGCCGUCUGUGGCCUUGCCUCGGCCCUCAGCUCAGUGUGUGAUUGGAGAGCCCGUGGCGGUGUAUUUCUUAGUGGAGGCAAGCACGAUCGAUGGCACGUCAAUGAUGAAGGUAUGCUACAGGAUGCACUCGAUAAGAGGCAUGGGUCCGGACUUAUGAAUCGAGUUGUCGGCAUAGUCCGUCGGCAGCUAGAUGAUUCGGCAAGUUGGGGCUGGAACACGAUCCAAGAGGAGACCGUGUCUGGCAUCCUCAUGCAAAUACAACGUCUUGCUCCAGCAGACCGUGAUCUCGCGCUCAGAAAAAUCGAACGGGAAGCCCCGAUAUUCCGCGAUGUGUCUGGCUGGUCAGCCGAUAAGCUCGUAGAGCAGAUUGUUCGGGAUGGCAUCCAUAUCCUAGUCAAUCUAAAUGGCUACACAAGAGGCGCUCGGAAUGAAGUAUUCGCUGCACGGCCGGUGCCUAUCCAGAUGUCGUUUAUGGGUUUCGCUGGGACCCUCGGGGCUGAAUGGUGUGAUUAUAUACUAGCGGACGAGAUUGCUGUGCCUUCUGAAACACUUCGACCCUUCCGCUCUAACAGAGAUCCUAUCGACGUCUUCAGCGACAAUAAUGAAGAGGAGGGUGCGGUGGAAUGGGCCGGCCCUCAUGUCGCUAGCCGCAUCGUGUUCACUGAUGUUGCUCCCAAAAGCCAACAUAUCUCGAGAGCCCGAGUUUGCGACCUCUUUUUAGAUACCCCUGAGUGUAACGCCCAUACCACGGCCGCCGAUGUUCUGUGGUCUAGCACACCGCUGCUGACACUUCCUCGUUAUCCAUACAAGAUGUGCUCACGCAUGGCGGCAUCGAUUCUUAAGGGCGCCCUGCCAAAAACACGAGAGGGAGCAGAAAUAGCCCAGGAGCUCAUCGCUAAUAGCGAUGAAGAUUACGAGGAGAAGGCAAUCAGGCUAGCCAGCGGGCUUAUCUACCAGGAAGCCCCAGGUGGUUGCUUUGUUGGUGGAGGGAGGCUGGCCGAGAUCCGGCGAGUCUUAUACCAACAUCGAUGGACUUGUCCUCUAUUCGAUACUCAUCGGUGGGUGGCCGAUUUAGAAUGUGCAUACGAAGAGGCAUGGCGAAGAUGGGUCUUGGGUGAAGCGGGCGAUAUUCAUUUGUAG